AUGCAACAGAAGGAUCGAUAUCUGAUCGAAUCAUCCUUGAUCGCCUUACCCGGAUGUCGUGAUCGUUUAGGAUCACCACUACUGUUUAUAAAUUUUAUGGAAGGUAGCAAUGAGCAGCUCGGCAUGGAAACAGUCAGUGCUCCGAGUUAUGAAGAAUUUGUAUCAGUCAUUAAUUACCUAUCCCAAAUACCUCAUGAAAAUAUUCGCAAAUUAGGAUUUACAGUAGUGAUUGAUGGGCGCAAAGCAACUGUAAAGCAUGUACGUGGUGCAUUACGAGCGUGUCAGCAAGCAUUAUAUCGUCGAAUCCGAUCUGUACUUGUCAUUCAGCCAGAGAAAUUCUUGGAGCAACAAAAGCUUAAUUUUGAACUUAUUAAAGAAGCUUAUCAAUUCAAGUGCACUCUAAUCUCUCUGCAUAAAUUAUCACGCUUCAUAGAUGUUGCGCAAUUACCAGACGCACUCGGUGGUACUCUGCAAUAUGAUUCGUAUUCAUGGAUUCUGCUUAGAGAGAAAUUUGAGAAUUAUGUGAAGCGAACAAAAAAUUGGAUAGAAAAUAGCAAAAGGCAUGACAAUAUGAUAGCAAAUCAGUCUGAUGAGAAACCUUUCGAAGAGGAUAAUUUCGAUUUAAAUGAGCUUCUCAAAACAGGAGAUGAUUUACUUGAUGAAUUAACACAAAAUAGUGGAGUAAAAGGGACGCUGAAAAACGCCGAUUGGGAAAAUGGUGCACAAUGUGUUGAUUUGCUCAUGAAACAAAUUAAGGAAAUCAAGGAGAAGCCAACAGCGAUAGUAAAUCGAGAGGAGAGAUGCGCAUCGUUGAAGUUAUUGAAAGAUCAUAAUGAAGGAGUGCAUAAUUUAGUGAAUUGGAUACUGAGCGCUGGUGAGAGAUGGCUUUUGACCCUACAUGAGAUCGGGGAAUCAUACGAUGAUGCUAAGCAAUUAUUGAAAGAACACAACGAAUUGGAAAGCAAGUCGAUAGAUGUGGAAGAACAAUCACGUGAAUUAAUUGCAAUGGGACAUGAACUACAACGUGAAUUUCCAAGAUAUGCCGUGACAUUACAGCAAAGCAUUGACAAAGUGCAACAGUUGGUUCGUGCAUUCUGCGCACGUGUUAUACGUCAAAAGGAAGUCGUUUUGCGCUCAGUUAACUUCUAUCGCAUGCUGACUGAUUUCUCACGAAAAACAAACUUGCUAUUGGAAUCAUUGUGUACAAAUGUGAAAGCGAAUGAUAUUGCAAGUGCCGAGGAAGAGCGAAAUGAAAUGGAAACUAAAGUAGAUGACAUGGAAAAAAUCUACCGUUGUUUGAUUACCAGUGGUAUAUCGUUUAUUGAUGAACUUUGCAUUAAUGAAUCUAGUUCAAUGGGCAGAUCAAUCACACGUGAUUAUUCAGCGAGUAUUGUGCAAAUCAGAAAAAUAUUGGAGGAUUCACGUGGUCGAAGGCAGCGUUGUCAGAAUUUAGCAGAUGUUCGAAGAUUAAAAAUUCAUCAACUUUUACAACUCUAUACAUGUGAAGAAGACAGCCAACAGGUAGUUAUUUGGAUUGAAGAACUUUACGAAACAUUGAUAAAUGGAUAUAAUGAGUUACUAUAUGACUUUGAACAAUUAUAUCUCGUGCAAGAGAAUAGAUCGAAACUUGAAGAAACUGCGCGAAGUACAUAUGGAUAUGGUAAACAGUUAUGUCAAGUGAUACUCGUAUUAAGGAGAUCGUUAAGAAUGGACGUACAGCCUGGAUUGAAACUUAACCGAAGAUUAGAGUCAAUUUGGGAAAAAUUUUGUCAUACUUUGAACGAAAAAAAAACGAAAUUUGGUAUCAUUGGUACUUUUCAUUCAACGAUUCAGAAAGUAAAUGAACGCCUUGAUGAGUUGUCGCUUCGACUGGACGGUGAAACUUUAGAAAAGUAUCCGGAAGAAACAUCACUAAUUAAAGAAAAGCGAAGUAUCGCAAAUGACAUUCAUGAACUGAAGCAGGUCGCUGAUAUUCUAAAUCAAGAAACAAAUAGUAAAAUACCAAGGAGCAGAAAUAGUGCAGCGACUUCUUGGACUCGAGCUCUGAAUGGGAUCCAACGAAAAUUUGAUGAGGUGAAACAAAAACAAAAUAAACUAUAG